UGCCAAACCAUCGUAAACCUUAUGUCCUAUACCACCUGCCACGUUAAAUGACACCCACACUUAUGGAUGUUGUCACGUCAUGUCUUAAUGUACAUACAUUGAUGAGCAAAUAAAUAAAUAUCCUACCUCGCAUUUUCGUCAACGAAUACGAAAGUUGUUCUUUUUUUUUUCUUUUCCCUCCUCAACUAGAAUCUAAAACUGCAUCUGCUGCAAAGCAAACUCAACCCCCUUGUGUCCCCGUUAAUUGGAUGAAGGCUUGUUAUAACUUGACUGAUAGACAUUACGCUCUGAAACUUUUAAUUCGAACACAGUUUAUUUGAGUUAUUUUUUUUAUCAAUUUAUAUGUUUUAUUAAAAUUCUUUUUUAAAUGUGAAUCUGAGCUAGUAUAUUAGAAGUAAAUCUGAAGCUGUAAAUGUGAAACACCACAAUGCCUAAAGUUGGUGUCGCAGAAAGGAUUAUAUUGACAAUCGUAACCACGUGGAUUUUUGUUAUGCCCGGAAUGAUGAAGCACGCCUCCAGUGGCAUUGAUCCAAUUUUGAAGCAUAUGUGUUCUGCUGUUUAUGGAGAAAAAUUUUGGAAAGAUCUGAUAGAGUGCAGUGUUGUGUUGAAUAAAGCGUUUUUCACUGCAUUGAACGCAUGUAUUCCUACAUCUACAGAAAUACAGACUGAAAACACCCGAAGAUAUAUCUGUGGAACACCUGAAAAAUGGACAAAAAUGAUGGAAUGUGUUAAUAUGCAACUCAUUGAAAUUGUUGAUGAAAAAGACCCUUACAUGGAACUAAAUCCCGGGUUGCCAUACACAACAUGUGUCACUGUGCUCAUCAACGAAGCUGAAUAUUCACUUAGAACUGGAGUACCCUUUCUUCAGGAUAACGAAACAAAGACUGCAUGAGAAAUGCACUUAAUUCAAAAGCCAGCUAAUAGUCAUAUUAGCAUUGAGUCCUAUUUAAAGAGAUUGGAAUGAGAUUUCGAACAAUGCUUUUCAUUAUGUAUAAGGAUUGAAAUGUAGAUUGCAGUAUCCUCCAUGGAUUUGAGGUGAAAAAUUCGAAGGUUCAAGAAGAAAAGCUUGGAGCACUUGAUUUCAUGAAAAAAGAUGAACAUUUACUAUUAUGUUAUUGUUUUGAUGUCUUUUUCUCUCGAUGUAAAUUUUUUAUAAAACAUUUUAAUUUACUUAUAAAAUGAAAUAUAAUAUGAAAAAAUGCUA